CUCCAUAAGAAAAUCGAAGACACCCACCCACCCCGUCCACCGCUCUCCCUUGCCACUUGCAGAACAUCACCAAGUCAUCAGUACCCUUCCAUGCCCCUCAGAGUAGGAAAGUGACUAGCCUCAUCUCCCUUCCUCUCUCUAAUAUUUAUACUCGCACGAACCCUCCAAAAGUCAUUAAAACCUCAAAGAAACUAAGAACCUGAAAACCCCAUCUCUCAUAAAUCGUCACUGCAGACAAGAAAGCCAAAAAAAUGCCUGCUAAUCCUCCGAGGUCAUCCCUUUUAAUCCAUAGAAUCAACAACACCACAAGUAACACAACCCUAAACACCACCAACACAACCACCGCAACUUCAUGCCAAAAACGGUGGUCCCCUCUACCAUGCGACGCCACCCCAGUUCCGGAGACCGUCUCACGCUACCACACCCACGCUGUAGGCCCCAACCAGUGCUGCUCUGCGGUGGUACAACAGAUCGCUGCCCCAAUCUCCACCGUAUGGUCUGUCGUUCGCCGGUUCGACAACCCACAAGCUUAUAAACAUUUCGUCAAGAGCUGCCACGUUAUCCUCGGAGACGGUGACGUGGGCACUCUCCGUGAAAUCCACGUUAUCUCGGGCCUCCCAGCUGCUCACAGCACCGAACGCCUCGAGAUCCUCGACGAUGAACGGCAUGUCAUCAGUUUUAGUGUUGUUGGUGGGGACCAUAGGCUUGCGAAUUACAAGUCGGUUACAACUCUCCAUUCGUCUCCCUCAGGGAACGGCACCGUCGUCAUGGAGUCUUACGCGGUCGAUAUUCCUCCUGGAAAUACUAAAGAGGACACGUGUGUGUUCGUGGAUACCAUAGUUCGGUGCAACCUGCAGUCACUGGCACAGAUCGCCGAGAACUCGAAUAGACGCAAUAAUAAAUCAUCAUCAGCGUGAGUGAUAAUAAAAACAUUUGUUGUUAUAAUUUAUAGAUACAUUUAUGGUUUGAUUUUUUUUUUUUUUUCAAAUGGAAAUGUAUGAUUUGGUGAAACACCUUCUUUUUUUGUGAGAAUCCUAUGCGGGUUUGCCAAUGAUAAUUUCAACUCCCCCAGUUUCUUCA